UUGCUUUUCAAAUGAAGUGUCCAGUUUCUUGUAUAGCCGAAAUGGCGGUGGAUUUUCGAAGGUUCACACAUUUUCGACCCUGUAUUGAUCUACACGAUGGAAAGGUUAAACAGAUCGUCGGUGGCACGUUGUCAGAUAAUGAGGGAUAUCUUCGAACAAACUUUAUUGCCAGUCAUAAUACGGGCUUCUAUGCAUCACGCUACCGUGAGGACAACUUGACUGGAGGCCAUGUGAUCAAACUAGGUCCUGGUAAUGAUAUGGCUGCACAGGAAGCCCUAGCAGCCUGGCCUGGUGGACUACAGAUUGGAGGAGGCAUUACCAUAGGCAAUGCCAAAUCAUGGCUUGAUAAAGGAGCUGCUAAGGUCAUAGUGACAUCUUGGCUUUUUCCCUCUGGCAAGUUUUCCCUGGAAAGACUCCAACAGUUGAGCAGUUUGAUUGGUAAAGAACAACUAGUCAUUGACCUCAGCUGUCGCAGGCAGAAGAACUCUUGGUUUGUGGCCAUCAAUAAGUGGCAGACAGUUACUAGUUUGGAAAUAACAAAAGGGUGUUUAGAAGAAUUGUCUCAGUUUGGAUCAGAAUUCCUUGUACAUGCAGCUGAUGUUGAGGGUUUGUGUAAGGGAAUUGAUGAAGAUCUUGUCAAAGUUCUAGGACAGUGGUCUCCAAUUCCUUGUACAUAUGCUGGAGGUGGGAAAGACAUCACUGAUUUGGAAUUAGUAAACAGGCUUUCCAAUGGCAAAGUGGACCUCACGUUUGGAAGUGCUUUGGAUCUGUUUGGUGGAAAAGGAGUAAAAUACACAGACUGCGUGGAUUGGAAUAGAAUCCACCCAAGAUAGCAGAUCAAGGAUAUGGAAGUUAUCAGAUUUUUCCACAAUAAACAGAUCAAGUGAAGUGCAAAGGAAAACAUCCAGAAUAGCAGAUCAAGGAGGAAGAACAU